AUGGAUCCUACCUGGUUAGCUAGGAAAUUUGUGAAGGAGUUGAUUAGGAAACCUAAUUUAAAAUUCAAGGAGAUGCAGGGUCUUGUUGAAGCUAGUAAGGAUAUUCUACCAUAUGUUGAGCACAUGCAAUGUGCCAAGCAUAUCUAUGCCGAUUUCAGAAAAGUUUAUAGUGGAGUGGAGUUUAGAAACAUAUUUUGGGUAUCUGUAAAAUCUACCACAGAAGGAUAUUUCAAGUUUAAUAUGGAAAGGAUUAAGGCAAUAAGUUAUGUUGCUUAUGAUCAUCUCAUGGCAAGGGAACCAACUUCAUGGUGCAGGGCUUAUUUCUCUACUGCCAUGGCUUGUGAGGCUGUAGAUAAUGGGAUUGUUGAGUGUUUCAAUGCAAUCAUUAUAGACUCAAAAAAGAAACCUUUACUGACUAUGCUUGAAGAGAUUAGGCUUUACAUGAUGGAAAGGGGUUUCAAUCUGAAACAAGAAGCUGAAAACUGGAAGAAUUUGGAGAAGACAUUAAGUAAAUUAUGGGAACUUUCAUGGGUACCUUGUGUGCAUGCACAAGUGGCAACAUUGUACACCAAUCAAGAUCCAGUUAACUUUAUAAGUAGUUGGUUCAACAAGAAUAAUUACAAGGCAACUUAUGAUCAGAAUAUAGUCCUAGUUAAUGGAAGUAACUUAUGGGAAGAAACAAGUUACAAUAAGCCCCUUCCACCCAUUGAAAGGAGGAUGCCAGGAAGGCCUAGUGUUAAAAGAAGAAGGCAUGUUUCAGAAAAUCAAGACAAGCCUAGGUUGGAACCUGAUUUGCUUAAUUGGUUAGGAACUAAAAGAGGAAUUAAAGGUGAUGGAAGGGCUGGUGGAGGAAGAAGUAGAGGUGGUGGUAGGGGAUCUAGUAAAGGAGUCCAAAUAGAAUACGAGGAGGGUACUUAUGAGUUACCUAAAUGUGAGCCUGAACAUGUUACCAUUCAAAAUGUUGAGAGUGAAAAUGAUGCAAGUCCAGAUUUUCACAACCAUAUAAGCAUAACAAUUGACAACCUAAGGAAAUCUUUAUACACUACAGAACAGAUCAUGGACUAUCUUGGACUUAGUGAAGCAGAAUUACAACAAAUUGAAGGUCUUGGAUUGAGUGAACAAAAGUUACAACAAAUUGAAGGUCUUGGAUUGAGUGCAGUAGAAGUACAACAAAUUGAAGAUGCGGAUGUUGCUAUGUCACAAGUAUGCUUUCUCAUUAUUCAUUUUAUGAUGUUAAAUCUUGCUAACUGGCCUUUUUGUUAUGUUUGUUACAUGAUGUUGGAAUUGCUAGCCAAAUAA